AUGGUUAGCUAUAACCAGCAUCCUUCGGAAAAUGGAGAUGGUGCAGUCAAUUCCAGCGUAAUGCACGCCGACAACACGCCUAAUAUCCCCGGCCACCGGUCUAAGCAAUUAAACAUUCUGCGUCUCGUGACCAUUAAUCUUGUCUCCCUGAUCGAAUUCAUCGAUCCCUUUUAUAGAUACGAACUUGCAAGUAAUCCAAAACGGAUCCUUACCAAGCCAUCCAAAGGCAUUCACAACAAUGGAGUCGACAAUGCCACGUACGACUACAUUUUGGCGGUCGGCGAUCAGUUUGGAAACGAAGAGGGCAGGCGGUUUAUCAUUUUGGAGCUGCUUGGCCAAGGCACAUUUGGCCAAGUUGUAAAAUGCCAAAACAUUUCCACUGGUGAAUUAGUGGCCAUAAAGAUCAUCAAAAAUCAAACUGCGUACUUCAACCAAUCAAUGAUGGAGGUUACAAUUUUGGAAAUGCUCAACUCAUCAAAGUAUAACCAUCAAGAACUCACGCACAUCACAAAAAUGAAGGACACGUUUGUUUUCAAAAAGCACCUGUGCAUCGUGUUUGAGCUGCUUUCGCUGAACAUUUUUGAGCUUUUAAAGCAAAAUCACUUCAAGGGAUUCUCCCACCAGCUGAUAAGGAUAUUCUUGCAGCAGAUUUUAUCUGCCCUGUGUCUACUGAACGAGGCUAAAAUUGUACAUUGCGACUUGAAGCCAGAAAACAUUCUUUUACAAACUAUGGAUUCAGCCUUCAUCAAAGUAAUUGAUUUUGGAAGUGCAUGCCACGAGCAACAUACAGUUUAUACAUAUAUCCAAAGCCGAUUCUACAGAAGCCCUGAAGUGAUACUAGGACUUCCUUAUUCCUCCUCCAUCGACAUAUGGUCGUUGGGCUGCAUUGCGGCCGAACUGUUUCUUGGCAUUCCGAUAUUUCCGGGCUCCUCAAAUUAUGACCAAAUUUUAAGAAUUGUUGAGUGUAUCGGAAUGCCCCCAACAUACAUGCUAGAUGUGGGUAGAAAUUCUUCAUUGUAUUUUGAAAAGCCGCCAAGCACUGGCGUUUACAAACUCAAAACCAGGGAGCAAUAUGAAAAGGACAUUUGCAACGGCCAUUCAAACCAGCCCCAGUUACCGGAAGAAAAAUUGUCUAAAAGAUACUUUUCUGCGGUAAAACUAGAAGAAAUCAUACUAACAUAUCCAAUGAAGUCUGGAAAUGGCCUCACGCCCCAAGAAAUAGAAAAGGAGAUGGAAUCCCGCAGAUCGCUUUAUGACUUGAUCUCCAAUCUUUUAAACAUCAAUCCCAUUGAAAGGUGGAGCCCCCAACAAGCGCGUCUGCACCCAUAUAUAGUAGGCGAGCCGUGGAAAGGCCCGUUUAUUCCCCCGGGCCCGGGGUGUCUUUCCUCAUAUUCAAAUGCCCAGCAAGCCACGAUAAUACAAUACCCUGAACAAAGCCAUCAAACGUAUCAUCGACCUAGGUCAUCGACAAUUAACUCGCAAAUGUAUAAUAUCCCUCCAAACUUAGAACGAAUCACAAGGGUUGUCUCUAAAGAUAGCUUCUCAAGCUCAAGAUCGAUUCCCGGAUCUUCGAUGUAUCAACUAUAUAGAAAUUCCACGCAUCAGAGCCAAAGCUCGACUUGCAAACAUCCACAGAACAUGCAAGCAAGUGGCGCAACAUCGCCGCCAUCCUUUGAUGAAAUAGAUAGAGGCCAAACGGGGAGCAAUGCUAGAAAUGGUCAUUUUAAUGACUAUAACCCGAACUAUCAGCAGGCAUAUCAGCAGCAACCAUACCCGGGAUUUCGGCAGCCUCCUUACUCGGCAAACCAAUGCCAGCACAACCCUUAUGCCUAUCAAAAUAAGCUCCUUUUUAACAACAGGCUUCGGGAAGCUUCAUCAUCGCCAGGCUCUUUUAAAAAGAAUACCCCUGCGUUUGAUAUGGACGAAUUGCACGGGUAUGGACCAACCACGUCUAUGUCCUUUUCAGCUCAUAGACGGUCAAGUAAUCCGUCUGGACCCGUUGGUAUAGGCGAAAAUGCAAACCGAUCUGGCUACACCAAAAGGACUGUGGGCGGGGGCAACAUACUUGGAGCCGGAUCGAGGAGAUCUUUUCCAAAUAGCCAUGCUUUCCAACACCACGCUCCGGCCCAACCGCCGUCACAAUCACAAUAA